AUGUUGUUGCCAAAGGGCGGUGUUAAUUGGAAAUCGGCCAAGGCCAGAUUGCCGCCAUGGAGGGCAAUCGUCGUUUUAUUAACACGGACUCGCUUCCUCGUGACGAUAGCCUUGACCGGACUGCUCAUCCUCAUGUGGCGUGGCGUGAGCAAGUCUGCAUCGGAGAUGCAAAGUUUCUACUGUUAUGGCUCGAAUAAGUCGCCGAUGGAGAUGUCCAUCAACGAGAUGGUCGAGUGGAGUGCACACGCCCAAACCCCCGUUCUUUUCAACCGCCACGAGCCCUACGAAGUCAACUCCACCUCCAUCUCCGACAUUGACCUGAACCCGAUCAAGUCAACCACCAAGGCUAUCAUCAACCGCGAACGUGUGCUCAUCCUGACCCCUCUCCGUGAUGCUGCCCCCUACCUGGCCAAGUACUUCGAGCUCCUUUACAAGCUGUCUUAUCCACACGACCUGAUCGAUCUCGCCUUCCUCGUCGGUGACUGCAAAGACGACACGCUCGCAAAUCUGGCAUCCGAGCUCAAUCGCAUCCAGAACCAUGCCGAAGAGAAGGUUCGCUUCCGCAGUGCAACCGUCAUCAAGAAGGAUUUCGGUGCCGAUGUCGAGAUGACCGUAGAAGAGCGACACUCAUUUGCCGCUCAGGGUCCACGUCGCAAGGCUAUCGGCCGUGCCCGCAACUACCUGCUCUACUCAGCCCUCAAGGCUGAUCACUCGUGGGUGUACUGGCGCGAUGUAGAUAUUACCGACUGCCCUGAGCGUAUCCUGGAGGACUUCAUCGCCCACGAUAAGGACAUCCUUGUGCCAAACAUUUGGUUCCACCGCUACGACCAGGACAACAAAGAUAUCGAAGGUCGCUUUGACUACAACUCCUGGAUUGAGUCCGAUAGGGGCCGUCGUUUGCGCGCGACUUUGCCUACCGAUACCAUCCUGGCUGAAGGCUACAAAGAAUACGAUACUGGCCGCACCUACUUGGUCAGCAUGGGCGACUGGCGAAACAAUAAGGAUGAAGAGGUUGAGCUCGACGGAAUUGGUGGUGUCAACAUCCUCGUUAAGGCCGAUGUUCACCGCACAGGUGUUAACUUCCCCGCAUACGCCUUCGAGAACCAAGCCGAGACCGAAGGCUUCGCCCGCAUGGCCAAGCGAGCUGGGUACCAAGUGGUUGGAUUGCCCAACUACGUGGUCUGGCACAUCGAUACCGACGAGAAGCCCGGCAAUCUUGGCGAUCGCAAAGCGUUCUAG